CAAGACGAGGUUGAGUAGACUCGUUUUGAAUUUUCUCCCCUCUGCUCCAACACUUCGUGGACUUCCCUUCUCGCCCUGUAGGGCGCUCGGCGGCGGCGGGACUGGGGGAGUCGGAGGUUUGGCAGAGCUGUCUGCGCCGACGGACCGGACGCUGCUUCCCCAUUCCCCUUCCUGCUGCCUCCUCCUCCCGUCACCUCCUGACCCGCCCGGUCCCUGAGCAACCGCCGGCCCCCGCCCCUUGCCGCUGCCGGGCCUUGGUGGCGCCUUCCGCGCCCCGCCUCGGGCCGUAUUCGGGGACCCUCCUGACGAGGCCUACCGUCCCCCGCCCGGACGGGGUCCGCGGGCCCCGAGCCGGCAGGCUGGAGAACGUGGAGGUUAGGUGUCUUAAGGAGGGCUGCUGAGCCCAAGGGCGCACCACCACGGAGAAGGAGGAGGACCCCCUGGGCGGGAGCGCCCGCUGUGUGGUCCUGUGCGCCGCCCCGCAUUUUAGGGUUCCUUUUUUCUCUUUAUGAGCCCCUUUAUACCUUCCUUUUAGAAGGGGAAAGGCGUCCUCCCACACCUCCCAACGCUUUUUGACUUUUUUUUUCGUCUUGAAGUUAGCCAAAGGCCUAUGUCUUAUUCUCAAACGGUCCCGAGAAUAAUUCUAAUGGAAUUUAGUUGUUUUUCUGAGGGAGGAUGGGUGGAGAGAUACUACUCAGCUCUCCUAGUCGCUUUUUAAGGCGUUCGCCAGAAAUCCUUCAAGAGGGGGACUUCUUAAAGAGACGGCAGUUUAGAGUAAGGCAGAACUGGAUUGCAGAAUUUGGGGCAAAGCGAAAAAAUGCUGCUGUGAAGACAUAAUUAUAGCUUUCACAUAACUGAAGCCCCAACCAUCAUGAUUUAGUGCCCCCCAAAGGAAGAACUUGAGUGGAAAAGAGAGGGCAUUUCUGGGGAUAGUAGAAUGCUUGAGACCUGAAUUUAAUCUCAAGCUCCUUCAUGAAGGUAUUAAAUAAUAGAAGAAAAUGGAAUUGAAUAUGAUACCAGCAUGGAACAGUCUGUUGAUUCAUUAAGAGUCAACCAUAAUGAUUCUGAAGAGUCAAAAAUCGAUUCUCAGCAUCUAAGCUGUAUGGACUCCAGUGAGCCUUCUUUUGGACAAGAUGAUUCCCCUAGAGUUUUACCCAUUACUGCUGCAGUGGAUAAUUCACUCACAUCACAGAAUAUACCAGGGCCCCUGACUCAGACACAGACUCUUUCUGCAGAGCAAUUCCACCUAGUGGACCAAAAUGGGCAACCUAUUCAAUAUGAGCUUCAGUCAUUGGGGGAUUCUAAUGCGCAAAUGAUGAUUGUUGCCAGCCCAUCAGAAAAUGGACAGGUGCUGCGAGUAAUUCCAUCUACCCAGACAGGAACGACACAAGUGAUUGUACCUCAGGGGCAGCUUGUGGAUGUGAAUAGUCCUCAGGAUGUCUCUGAAGAGAAACUCAGUGACAGAAACUUACCAACUGUAAGAGUGGAUUCUCUAGCAGACAAUAACAGUAGUUACAUUCUUCAUCCACAAGCAUCCCUCACAUUGCCCAAAAAGACAGUGACCAGAAUACUUGAAGAACCUUUUUUGGCUCCACUCCAGCCACUUUCUUCUAACACACCUAUAUGGGCCUGUCGUCUUAGGAGCUGUGAGAAAAUAGGAGAUUCAUACCGUGGCUACUGUGUAAGUGAGACUGAAUUAGAAAGUGUCCUAACAUUUCACAAGCAGCAAACACAGAGUGUUUGGGGGACCCGCCAAUCUCCAAGCCCAGCCAAGCCAGCUACACGCUUGAUGUGGAAAUCCCAGUAUGUCCCAUAUGAUGGAAUCCCAUUUGUCAAUGCAGGGAGUAGAGCUGUGGUAAUGGAGUGUCAGUAUGGGCCAAGAAGAAAAGGUUUCCAGUUAAAAAAAAUCAGUGAGCAGGAAAGCAGGUCUUGUCAGCUCUACAAAGCUACUUGUCCAGCCCGGAUUUACAUUAAAAAGGUACAGAAAUUUCCUGAAUAUAGAGUUCCUACAGACCCCAAAAUUGACAGGAAAAUAAUCCGAACGGAGCAGGAGAAAGCCUUUAACAUGCUAAAGAAGAACUUGGUAGAUGCUGGUGGUGUUCUUAGGUGGUAUGUACAGUUACCUACGCAGCAAGCUCAUCAGUAUCAUGAAUUAGAGACUCCCUGCCUCCCUUUAUCGCCUUCCUCUUUUCCUAUGUCUUCUCUUGAAGAAGAGGAAACUGCAGUUAGAGAUGAGAACUGUACAUUACCCUCACGUCUACAUCCUCAAGUAGCACAUAAAAUUCAAGAAUUAGUAUCACAGGGAAUACAACAAGUGUAUGCAGUAAGGAAACAGCUAAGAAAAUUUGUGGAAAGGGAACUGUUCAAACCUGAUGAGGUACCUGAAAGACAUAAUUUAUCCUUUUUUCCAACUGUAAAUGAUAUAAAAAAUCACAUCCAUGAGGUACAGAAAUCCUUGAGAAAUGGAGAUAAUGUAUAUAACUCAGAGAUUAUUCCAGCAACGCUUCAAUGGACUACAGAUAGUGGGAAUAUUCUCAGAGAGACUGUGACAGUUACACUUGCAGAAGGAAAUUCACAAGGAGAAGCAAUUUCCAGCAAAGUGGAAACAAAUCAGACAAGGAGUUCUUUGUCUCCAGAGCCAGCGCACUUGCUGUCCUCACUUUCUUCAUUUCAGCCAAAAAUAUUCACACAACUACAGGGUUUGCAGUUGCAACCAAGAUUCACUUCUUCUGAUGGAUCACCAGCUCUGAUAUCAGUAAAUAAUCACCCCUCCUCCAGUCCUUCAAGACUUCUGGAUUCAAUAGGAAGUGCUGUAAUGAAUAAUAAUUCUCUACUGCUUGGUCAAACUCAUUGCCUUCAAACAGAUACAUGCCUAACCCAAAACAAUAGUAUUUCCUCUACCAUGGGUAACCUUCCAGGACCAGAUCAAAAUCUGGUUGCAGCUGAUCAGCUGGUGGAAGUUGGAGAUGUUGAGGAUACAGAGAAUCUGGAAGGGAAUGUUCAUCGGAUUCUGCUGGGAAAUGUGCAGACCAUUCCAAUACAGAUUAUAGACAGCCACCCAGCUCUUAUUGAAGAAAGUCCAGAAGGUACCAUUUCUGUGAACCAAGUUAAGCAAGAACCCAAAGAACCAGCAUUAUCUAUGGAAGCAAAAAAAAAAUUUGGACUGUAAGAAAUUGUCUGCUACAUAAAUUAUUGAAGCUUUUCAGAAUUUACAACUCUGGUGACUUCUGAUGUCAUAAAAAAGAAGAUGAGAGAAUAUCUGAGGUCUGUCUCAUUUGGAAAGAAAAACAACAGAUUUUACAUCAUAACAUGAAGCCAAACAUUCACAUCUGUGAAAACUAUAUAGUUGCAUUUUAGCUUCUUCCAUUCUAAUUUUUAUACUUAUAACUACAAACCAGUAGUAUACCAAUGGUCAUCUAGUAGAAAUUUACAGUGUCUUGGUAGGAACUGGAACUAUCAAUAUUUUCAUGUUAUUUUGGAGGUAUUUUAAAGGAGCCAAUAUUUGACUGUCUUGGAGGUCCCAUCAAAAUCUGGUCAACUUGGAAACAGCGUGUUUUUCUGAGGCCCUUUGAGCCUCCUGCACAGGGUCUGUCCAGUGACGACGGUGAGGUUUUAGGCCAGUGGCUGACAGCCGCCGAGCUGCGAGCUUCUUCUCUCCCACAGAGGCAGGGACUCCUGAAUGUAUUUGAAAACUGAGCAGUUUCAGCCAAGACGAAGCAUUCUCUCUUCCCAGGGACACAAAUCCAACUUAGCUGAGCCAAAGCAGAUGACACAUUUUUGGAUGAUUUUCCUGGAUUUUCCAGAUAGAAAAUCAUACCUGGGACUCCCCUGGUGGCACAGUAUUUAAGAAUCUGCCUGCCAGUGCAGGGGACACAGGUUCGAGCCCUGGUCUAGGAAGCUCCCACAUGCCGCGGAGCAACUAAGCCCGUGCACCACAACUACUGAGCCUGUGCUCUAGAACCCGCAAGCCACAACUACUGAAGCCUGUGUGCCGCAGGGGCUGAAGCCCACGCACCUAGAGCCAGUGCUCCGCAGCAAAAGAAGCCACCGCAAUGAGAAGCCUGCGCACCGUAACGAAGAAUAGCCCCUGCUCGCCGCAACUAGAGGAAGCCUGCACACAGCAACGAAGACGCAACACAGCCAAAAAUAAAAUAAAUAAAUUUAAUAAAAAAGAAAAUCAUACCUGGCUAGAACCUCCAUAACAGUCUAAAAUAGCAGCAAUUGCUUGCAUUCUUGUCUUGUUCAUUAUAUUAACAAGAAUGCCUUUCCUCUUUCAGUUAAGGUAGGGUGUGGGCUGUGUGUCUGUGAUAGCUGUUCUUGAUGAUGAAAAGGGGUUACUUUCUAGUUCUAUGGAAAUUUUUUCAACAGCUUAACCUUAAAAAAUCAGGAAUGUAUGUAGAUUUUAAUUGAAAACUUUUCAACAUCAGAGAAUCUUUGUGUUUUUUUCUCCUUAACCUACUAAUAGGUUAAUUGAUUUCGUGAUUU